AUGUAUCGGCUCAGGGGAAAGUUUCUCCCUCGAAUGAUGGACAAGUUCCUCUAUGAUCGUUUGAUUCCGUUCCAAGAUGCCUUUCGCUUCGAAUGUAUGCCAAAUAAGCUCACUGGAUCCACGGAGAAGGUCUUCGAAUUCACAGAAAAAAUGAAGGACAAGAUUGAAACUGCUACGGGGAGAAAAACAGACGCUAGAGUGAUUGAAAUGGGAAAUAAGCUCACAGCAAACGAUCUUAGAAAAAUCGCCCAGAAAGGGUCCGUCCUCAAACGCUUGGAUACACGAGGUAAUGUUGAUAAUCUGAAUGCGUUGGCUGUCGGAGUCAAAGUCGUAGAAAUGAGGCUGACUUUCGGUUACUGGAAUCGAAUACAGUUCCUGAAACGAUGCUACUCGUAUCUUUUCCGACCAGGGACGAUCUUUCACAAUCAGCUGACAAAACGAGAGCAGCGCGUUUUCACAGAUAUGUUCGCGAAAGGUCAAGAGAAAAUCGCCCUUCAUGAUCUCAUCCGAUUGUAUGAUAAUUGCUGGGUUUUGCUCGAAGAAAAACAUGUCGGGCUCAAUUCAAGUGGCGAAAAAACGCUGUUUAGCCCUAUUGAAGGAAUGAAGGUUAAACUUGUGAACUUGUCGGCUGUUGUCGACAAAUACAUUGUCCCCGAAAUGGACACCGUCCAAAACAACCCCGUUUGGACAAACGUCAAGAAAGGCGACCCGUUUUACGUGUUUUACGAGUUUCCCCGCGCCUUGAUCCAGAUUUUUGUUUGUUCCGUCUUCUGGAUCAUACUUUUUUCUGGCAUUCGAAAUGAGGUUAAUUACGCAGAAGACUUCGAGAAGGAUCUUCAGAGCCAGCUUGCGAUUGAAUUGAGCGAGUACGACACGCCCUGGUGGAAUCAUGAUGAAAGUAGUGAAACGGGGCUUACUGAAGGUAGACUUUUGCAAGCAAGAACGAUAGCGAAGAGAAAAGCGAUCGAGUCAUUAGCGCUGCGUUUCGCCUUAUACCAGAAAAACGAUGCGGACUUAGGUCUUAUGUCGCAGGACAUAAAAUAUGUCGACGAUGAGUAUUUGUUUACAGCUGGAAAGAAAAUACUCGACAUAAACUCGCAAUACUUCGGUGCUUCUGUUCGUAACGUCAAGCUAACCAGCCACAAGUUCAUCCACUACCCAGACAGAGUUAUUCUCAAGUUUGGCAGAACAACGACGUCAGUUAAUCCCGAUGAUCCAAGCACUUAUUGUUUCGAGAAAAAUUUCAAUCGAAUGAGUGAGUUGGACGAAGUCGUCAAUCAUGCUGAAAAAGAAGGGCUGUUUGGACCUGAAGAAAGACAGGUCGAACAAGAGUUUCCAAACCGCCCGUACGUAUCGUUGAGAGAUGCGAUACAAGCAAGCGACUACGAAGCCGUCAUGCCCUUUUUGAAAAGCGACCGUUUCAGCGUAGCAGAUCGUGGUGAUCACAGUAGAACAUAUUUGCACGAAGUUUCUCUGUCGAAGAUGACUUCCAGUCAGAUGUGUUCAGUAGCAAGGGAAUUGAUUAACAAAGGCGUCAGUGUAAAUGCGACUGAUGACCGUCGAGAAACGCCGCUACAUUAUGCAGCAAAAUACGGACAACAUGGGUUGGCUGAAAUUCUCGUUAGCAAUGGAGCUGACUCGUCAUCUUCCUUCAACAUUGAGAAUAAAUUGCCAUGGUUUUACAGCGAUUUGCUCAGCCCCGAGAGCAAAGAAAAGAUGGCGAACAUUAUGAGCGAAGGAUUGCGAUCCAUGCUGAGCAAUGUUCGCUUAUCUGACGAUCGAGAUAGAGACCGAAGCCACCACAAUCAUCACGAUUCUCCAAUCAAUUGGGGUCAACCCAUGAUGAACCACACGAACAACCGGAGCAACUAUGAACCGCACCAUAGAAACAGAGAGGAUUUCAUGCCGAAUAUAGAAAGAAACAUGGACUUUGAAGAACGCCGAAGCAGCUGCUGGACAUUCCCCAGCACCUCUAGAUGGGAACCCGAUGAGAAGGCAUCCUCCUUUUGGCCCGACCCUCAGUCAUUUACUAACUUCAACGAAUCCCAAAUUGCCCCGAUCGGGCCUCCUAAGGAUGGAGGAUCAUCUGGAUCACGGAUGAUCAAACCGAUCGGCUCCGAACUGAGCCGCGCUACAACAAAUCAAUUUCCCGAUCAUCCCUCGGAUGAUUCAGAUACUUACGACUAUGAAAAUCUCAAUAAACUUCGAGAUUUUCCCGAUUUCAACACGAGCACUGAUAAUAUUUGGCCAGAAAAAACUAACCAAAAAGAUUUGAAAUUCGAAGAGCCCUCAGCAGCAGCAGCAGCUGAGGAGAAGCCAGUACCCAAGAAAGAAGAGACAGCAACGCACAAAAUCAGCGUCAGCAAACAAUCUGGAGUCUUUAUGCGUGCGUUGGAAGACACGCGAGCGGAUGCCGACCGCUUGGAUGCCACUCGUAAACUACGAAUCGGUGGCAAUUCCAAAAUGGACGAGAUGAUGCCCAAAGAAACAUCAUCGAUUCGAGACGAUGAGCGACAAAAGGAGCGCUUCCGAAAGCUCUGCGAGCAAUAUCGCGGGAAGUACCAGCGACUUGACUCGAUCAGAGAUCUCAGGGAAAAAGCGAAUGCUGUCUUACAUUUCAGCGCAGCCGUAUCGGCGGCGCACGUGAGUGCCGUUGCCGCGGUUUUGGACUGUAAUCCAGCCUUGGAUAUCAAAAACAAGCAGAAUAUGACGGCAUGGGCGCUUGCGCAGACCAAGAGAGGUAGUGGAAACGUAGAUGUGGUCCGAAAUAUGCUUGUGAAAGCCUGGAGAGGAUUCAAAGCCAGACGAGAUGGACGUGAGCCGGACGUGCGCUCACUCGACGAUAGGCAGGUGGUACUGAAAGUCCACCUAUCGAUGGUCUGCAUCCUGGUGGAGCCCGAAAAAAGUCUCAUUUCCGCGGCCAAUUGUGGAGCUCAAGAUCAAAUCCGACAGCUCCUUUCCGAUUCUGAGAUCGAUGUCAACGAGCAGAGUACAAAGGGAUACUCGGCUUUGCAUUGCGCCGCGAGUCAGGGGAAAAUUGGCAUUGUGAGGAUGUUACUCAACGCGGGCGCUAAUCCCGAUCUACAAACGCGUGACGGUUGUACCCCGCUCAUCCUCACCGGCAUCAACACACGAGCGUGGCCCGAAGUGGCCGAUGCGCUUCUCAAAUCGGGCGCCAAUCCUAAUCUCAAAGACGCUAAUGGCAACACUGCGUUGCACCAUGCAGCGAGAAACGUUCACGUUCGUCUUGUGCAGCUUCUCUGCACACGAGGAGCUGAUGUUUCCAUCAGAAACAAGCAAGGAAUUCAAGCUCGUGGAGUGAAGCCGUGGGAUGGCAAACGCUCAUGGAACUCCCAGGAGCGAUGGAAUCAAGAAGCUAAGGAUGCAGUCAAGGAUGUCAAAAAUGCUCUCCAAGAGGCAUUUAACAAGCAACGAAAGAAGGCAGAAGAAGCUCUCGCUGAAAUGGAAGCUCGUGAUCGAACAGAACGCAUCAAGCGCCGCGCCGAUAUUGCACGCGAAAAAGAGGCUCAAAAGGAAUCCGAUGGAAGCCCAGUUUCAAAUAUUCCCUCCCGACUUACUUCCGGGAAUGGUCAUGAGUCCUCUAAGACACCACCACCAAAUGGAAGCUCGUCUCCACCAUCUGGACGCUCAUCGGAUCCAAUCACUCAAACGAUUUCGAUGGCUUCUCAGAUAAGCCAAGUCUCUGCACAAAUCGUCCAAGUAAAUUCAUCACUGAUUCGUCUGGAAUCAGAACAGAAUCAAGCAACUCAGCGUGAAUACGCACGGGACAACGACCUACGCCAAGUGCUCCAACUUUGCAAGCAAAACUCAGACAGACUCAGCAAUCUUGAGACUCAGAUGUCCGAUCUAUUCCGUGAAAUUCAACGACAAAGGAACUUGUUCAAAUAA